CCUGCGUUGAUUGUUGUGCGGCGCUGCAGGUGACGUCACGUGUCCCCUCUGGCUGUGGCGCUGUUUGCAGUGAGAGCGAGAGAGGUUCGCUUGAUUCCAAGGUUCCCGCCAAAUUGGUGUUUGCGCGUGACAGUCCGCGCACUGAGAGAACUGAAAGAAGAAGCAGCGAGUGCCCGGGCGGGCAGGAGAGCUAGAGAAGCAUUAAUCGAUCGUGAGACCUUUGUUAAAAAGAAACAUGGCAUUGCAUAGCCUGCGUGGUUCGAUCCGAGUCCAUUGUCUCAAAGUCGGAACAUCAAAAUGGAAGGAGGGCUGUUGCGAAGUUAUUGAGAAGGAUAACAAAUUUUGUUUGGUUGUAAACUAUAAUGUGGGUGGAGUGCCAACAAGAUUCCAGCUAACUCAGAAUAUCAAAACUAUUCUUGUGAAACCCAGUGGCAGUGCACAGAGCCGUCUUUUGCUGACAUUGAAGGAUGCAAGUUCCCUUACCAUAGAUAAGGUUCCAUUGAAGGCUGCUGAGAAUUUAAAGCAGUUUUUGGAAAGUCUUGACAAAGCAGCUACAGUGAAAUCUACCCAUGGAUCAGGGAGCUUUAGUGGUAUUUUGGGAAACAGAAGCACCCAGAUAGAAGCAAACAGACCACUGCAUACCAAAACUCAGACUCCAUCAAAGAGCUUUGAUACUAAGGAUGAGACUCCUGUAAAGAAGCCAUUAAGUAACACUGGGAGAGUGCUAGUGAAAUCACCCCCAGGGAAUACUGCAUCUUCAGGCAGAAAUGGUAUUCACACUACCCCAUCUACACCACAAAGAACCAGUCUGAUGGAAAGCAGGAGUGAAAAAAGAAAACGAAUACAGACUCCAAGCCCAGAAAUAGUGGAAGAUUACCCCAAAGAGAAUGAUUCAUCGAUCACAAACAAAGCACUGUCAGAUGCUGGACGCAGAUUUUUAAGUAGCAGUCGUGAGAAACAGUUAAGCCUUAAACAGACAGAGGAGAACAGACAAGGAUUAAUGCCAUUGCAGUCAUCUUCUUUUUAUAGUAGCAGACUGACACCGAAAGAUUUUACUACAUCAAAUGCAUACUCAGACAGCAGAUCAUCUACAUCCAGUCAGCCCCCAUCUGCCAAAAGAAGCUUGAUUCUUCCAUCACAGCCCAGCCCUCUGUGUGUGAAAAAACUGAAACCCAAUCAAGACUAUGCUGGCUGGAACAAACAAAGGGUGCUCUCAACUCAUCCACAACCACAGCAGUUGCAAGGCUUUUCCAAUUUGGGAAAUACUUGCUAUAUGAAUGCCAUUUUGCAGUCCCUGUUUUCCCUGCAGCCGUUUGCCCAUGAUUUGCUGAAGCAGGGAAUUCCCUAUAGGAAAAUUCCACCAAAUGCAUUAAUCAGACGCUUUGCUCAUCUACUAGCAAAAAAAGACAUUUGCAGCCCUGAGGUAAAGAAAGAUCUUCUGAAGAAAGUAAAGAGUGCCAUAUCUGCUACGGCAGAGAGGUUUUCGGGUUACAUGCAAAAUGAUGCUCAUGAAUUUCUGAGCCAGUGCCUUGAUCAGUUGAAGGAGGACAUGGGGAAACUGAACAAAACAUGGAAGACUGAACUGUCAUCUGGAGAUGAUGUUCCUGGUAUAAAAGGAAAUGAUGAUCCGUCUACACGUAUAUAUACCUGUCCUGUUACCUGCAAUUUUGAAUUUGAAGUGCAGCAUUCAAUCAUCUGUAAAAUGUGCGGUGAAACUGUUAACAAGAGGGAACAAUUUAAUGAUCUCUCAAUCGACCUUCCUAGAAGAAAGAAACCAUUGCCUUCCCGGUCAAUCCAAGAUUCAUUAGACCUCUUUUUCAGGUUAGAAGACCUUGAAUAUGCGUGUGAGAAAUGUAGUGGAAAGUCUGCAACAGUAAUGCACAAAUUUAGCAGGCUACCAAGGAUUCUUAUACUUCACCUAAAACGAUACAGUUUCAAUGUGAUUCUAUCUCUUAAUAACAAAGUGGGUCAGCAAGUUGUCAUCCCUCGUUAUCUUACCUUGUCGUCGCACUGUACAGAAAGCACAUGGCCCCCCUUGUCCCUUGGCUGGAAUGCACAAACUGCAUUAAAAACACGGCCAUUAAAGUUAUCACAGUUGGUGAAUUCUUGCACAAUGAGCACGUCAACACCUCUACGAAAGCACAAAGCUGCAAACAGCUUGCCGGUUUGUCUGGAUUCCGAAAGUGAAGAUGAGCAAAUCAAACGGUGUGUCUCUCACAGUCAAAGGAUUUGUGAAAUAGAGAUGAAAGAACAACAGAAUGAAGAAAAAGAUAAGAAGGAGGCCAGUAAAUGUUCAGAUGCAGGAGAUGCAUUCUUUGAUGAGAUGAACGAUGAAGAAUUGAUGGCAGCAGUCUUGGAAAUGAGUAAAAGGGAAACAUCCUUGUCUGAAAGUCGUGAUGAUGAAGAUAAACUCUCCAGUAGCCCAGACACAGGCUUUGGAGGAGAUGACGAUGUGCAGGAGAUGGCUGAAAACCAUGAGCCAAUGGAAGAGGAUAGAUUAAAGACUGCAAAAGAAAUGGGUGUGCUUCAGUAUAGUGACAUGGCAAAAGAUUUUGAUGAGAAUAAAGAAAAUAAGACUCCAGAAGCAUCCCAGAAUGAUGACUGGCUUCAGUAUGACCUGGAGAGGGAGCGUGAGGAACAAGAGCUGCAACAGGCACUGGCACAGUCACUUCAGGAGCAGGAAGCUCGAGAAAUGAAGGAAGAUGAUGACCUCAAGAGGGCUACAGAGCUGAGCUUGCAAGAGUUUAACAAUACCAUAAUGGAUGGAAUUGUUUCUGAUGAAGAUUCUGGAAAUGAAGAGGUUCUUGACAUAGACUAUACAGAGGCAGAAACAGAGGAGUUAAAGAAAAAUGCAGAGACUGGAGAACUUCCACAUUCAUAUAGACUCAUCAGUGUGGUCAGCCAUAUUGGAAGCUCCUCUUCUUCUGGUCAUUAUAUCAGUGAUGUGUACGACAUCCGCAAGCAAGCUUGGCUUACAUACAAUGACCUAGAAGUGUCUAGGACCCAAGAGACCACUGUGCAGAGUGACAGAGACAGAAGUGGCUACAUAUUUUUUUACAUGCACAGAGAUGUAUUUGAUGAACUUGUAGAAGAAGCAAAGAAAUCCCAGCCUGCCCCCACGGAACUUAAUCGGCCGACUAGGCCACCUCUGUGACAAUGACAGAUAGCACCUCUGCAUUUGCACAAACUGUUGAUCCUCUUGGGUUCAUUUGGUUACGAAAGAACAUUACUUUCUGCAGCCAUUUGCAACCAGUUGGCCAUUUAGGUCCUAAAGGGCACAUGUUGCAAGCCCUUUACUUACAGCUGGUACAGCGACUAUGAGAUGUGCCGAGACCACAACACACCUUGAAAAUUGACUUUAAAGUGCUUUGUUGCCAGACGACCACUUUUGUUGGCUAUAAAACAGAACUCCGGCACUGUAUAUUUAUUGAGAUCUGGGCUACUCGUAUUGGUCUCUACAGCAAUAAGAAUCUUUGAAAUGCCUCAAGUACCUUCCAUCUAAAGGCAUCUCUCUGACACUACACUGUUAUGGCACUGCAGUCAAACGAAGAGAAGGCUGCUGUUUAUGUUUGUAAUUAACUGCACUCGUUUUUUUUGUGCAGUCUGACCAAAGCUAGUGCUUGUGCUGUUCAAUGAAUUAUGGACGUUGCCGUCUGAUUGAUUCUUUACACACUGCAGUCUUUGAGUUGAACUUUUUUUUUUUUUUUUUUUUUGAAAAAUGCAUUUAUAUGAUACAGAUAUAUCCUUUUGUUAUGAAUUUCCAACUGGUCUGUCACUGCAAGACGGCAAAUUUAAGGUUUUUUUCCCCACACUUGCUAAAUAAAAGCAAUAAGACGGGAACGUGACAAGAUUGUGUAUGCGGCGGCCACCUUUACAGAAUUCUCUAUCCUGCUGAAAUGAGACAAUCGCUUCUGCACACUUAAUGGCAUCCUCUUGCUUUAACAGUUUGUCAAUUUUUCUUUGGUUUAAAGCCUUUAUGGUAGCGUUGUAUUUUAUUUUAUUAAUCUGGGCAUUUUAUUUGGUCUUACAUAUUCUAUUUGUAUUUGACUGAUUCAGUGCAAAUAUAAAACUUUUAAUAGAGCAAAUUUCAAAAACAGUUUCUAGUAAAGCGGGAAAUAAAUCCUA